GCGGGGUUUAUCACUUCCACCCCAGAUGCACUUGGCGUAGGGCAGAAAUGUGUUCACUGGGGCUGUUUGACCCUUUGUGAGGGUUAAAGUGCGUAGUAUUUUCCCACCUUUUAGGUAGUGUUUGUAUUUAGGCUCCGCGCCAACAUGAUGCGCUUCCUGCUGCUCUUCAGUCGCCAGGGGAAGCUGCGUCUACAGAAAUGGUUCACUGCAAUGUCAGAUCGUGAAAGAAAGAAGAUCAUUAGGGAAAUGACCACCAUGGUGUUGGCACGGCAACCACGUUCCAGCAACUUCCUGCAAUGGAAAGACCUGAAGAUUAUUUACAAGAGGUAUGCAAGCUUAUAUUUCUGUUUGGGUGUAGAAGCCCAGGAGAAUGAGCUAUUAGCUCUGGAGAUUAUUCAUCGCUAUGUGGAGCUGCUGGACAAAUACUUUGGCAAUGUGUGCGAGCUGGACAUAAUCUUUAACUUCGAGAAGGCCUAUUUUAUCCUGGAUGAGUUUUUAAUGGGAGGAGAGAUCCAAGAAACCUCCAAACAGACUGUGAACCGCUGCAUCGAAGCCUCUGACAUGUUACAGGAGGAUGACAACAGUGAGUGGUAUGAGGUGGAGCUGUUUGGAUGACCUUAAUGGACAGACAGACGAUGGAGGAGUAUAUGAGCAAACCUGCCUUUUAACUCAUACAGAAAACAGACCAAACUAUGGAGGGAUUCACAAAUAUGGGUCAAUCAAGCUCUGGAACUGAAUUUACUUACUGAACCUUUAAAAAAAAGAAAGAAUACAAUUAGUUUAUUUCCUGCUCACCAUAUGCCUGAAAUUUGUUUUUACAUUUAUUAUUAAUAAAUUGAAAUGAAGUUGUAAUAGAGAAUGACGGGGUUUAAAUUUAUGGUUUUUUUGCAUUUAAAUCAAGAAUUAAUAUAUUAGAUAUUUUCACUCUCCAGUAGAUGUGUUUGUGAACAGCUGUGCUGUACGAUACAAUAGUUCUCUUUUAAUCUGUUUUAGUUUCAUCAGCAUCUAAGACUGUGGUUAAAACUGUUCUGUGAGGCAUUUGUUGUUGGUGUCUUUUUUAAAACCAUGCACAAUUUAUGAUUAAAAUAUUUUUUAACAAGA